GAUCAAAUCCAUUAGGUUCAUUGUGCUCCAGUUUAACAGCCAAUGCCAUAUCAGUUGACCAGACGGGGGAGCACGGGAUCUAAGUAAAGCGCAUUGUGCGCAUAGACAGACGCGAGUAGGAGAGGACUUCGUCACGGUUUUCAUCCCAACUCGCUACAGUCGAUUCUGAACUUUCGGAUUGAGUGUGCUGGAGGACGCUGUCACAGUUUUUCUUCUCUCCUCAAUUUCACCACUCGUGGAUCGAAGUAAACUUAAUAUGAAAACAUGUCUGUAAAUGAAGUGUACGUUUUCAGACCAUUCAAGUUGAUUGCUUUACUUUGUGUAUUUCUGGCAUUGUGUCUGGACAUUGUAGCGUUAUUGAGUCCCGCCUGGGUAACCGCAGAGCGGUUUUCUUUGUCGCUAUGGGAAUCAUGCACCGAUAAAGAUUCUGGCUGGAGAUGCCUUUCCACCCUCAAAUCUGACUGGCAGAUAGCCACCCUCGUGUUGCUGCUGGCCGGUGCUGCGUUGACUCUGGUGGCCUUCCUGGUGGCCCUCAUCUCCCUGUGCCGGGGGACACACAGACAGCACUACCGCACAGUAGCCGUGUUCAUGUUCGUUGCAGUGGUCCUUCAGGCCUGUGCACUGGUCCUCUACCCAAUCAAGUUCAUUGAUGGAACCGUCCUGCAGACCUACCAUGAGUUCAACUGGGGCUACGGACUGGGCUGGGGAGCCACCAUCUUCAUGCUAGGAGGAGGCAUCCUCUUCUGCCUCCGGACGGACAUGUAUGAGGACGCUAUGUACUGAGUCCUCAUCUCUCUCCUUCUCCUACUCUCUCUAUCGCUCUCUUGCUCUUUCUGUCACACACACACACACACACACACACACACACACACACACACACACACACAGACACAUAUAAACAUACACACACAUGCACACACACCGCCUUCCUCUGCCAACAUAGACACCUACAUAUAUCUCACAGACACCACUCCACGCUGUUAUUUAUAGACCGAGUGUGAGGACCUGUUCUAAGACAGGGCUCCUGGCUCUGGCUGAUCAACAGGAGAGAUGAAGUCGGAGGAGCAGCUGUGUGGAGAGAGUGUCUGUCCUCAGUGGGCUCCCAGAGACCCCCACCACGGUCAGACAGAUGGCGAUGCUGUUAAAGCACAGAGAAGGUUUUGGACAGAGAUGGGCCAUUCGACCUAUGAACUUUUCUCCAGCACAUCCCAUGGAUCUCCAUUCAUAGAGGAACAAGAAAGAUUCUCUGAGCCCUCCCAUCUGAGCUGAGGUGUUUAUAUAAGGGAUUGGUAUAUAUUCAUUUUAUUGGGUGUAUUUUUUUUAUUUUUAGAAUUUCAUGAUGACAAAUCAAAUUAGGGAUGUAUUGAUGUUAUCAUUUAUCUUGCUAUCCGAUCUCCCACAGGAAGAUAUAUUUGAUGUAUUGCUGUUUGAUAAUUGCAGUUUCUGAACACUGAUAACUUAACAUGGGAUCAGAGGUGAAUCCCUAGCUACAUGUCUUCAUAGCUGAAACAUAUCUGGUUUUGCCAGUUCCUUACAUUUGAAGUGUAAAAUAAACAGUACUGUUAUAUAUGC